CUCCCUCUCCGCGCUCCACACAUCUCAUAGAGGUGUUAUUGCAUUAAGAAUAAACCAGCCAAACGAUCAAAGACCCGAAUGGAGUUUGUUUUUACACCUUUUGGCUACAAAUCUUCGACUGGAAAUAGAAAAACAAGGCAGACGUCAGAAGCGCACUUUGGUUGUUUCGGCGCGUCGAGAACUGGAAUUCUAACUUACUGAUAUCCAGCUUUGCGUUUGUUGCGAAAGCUGACCAGGAGUGUUUGGGUGGAUUACAAUGUUAUUGUUCAGCACGGGCACUUGAGUUGGGUGUUCGGGAGAGGUUUGAAUGCGGUGUGGGGCUCCCCGGGCUCGCGGCACUGAGAUCUGGACGCGUUGAGAACAGGGAGUCGGUGACACGGAGUCCUCAUGGCGCAAAGGUACGAGGAUCUGGUCCAUUACGGCAUGGAUGCGGUCGGGAUCCCGUCUCCGAUGUACGGGGAUCCUCACGCGGCCAGAGCGAUGCAGGCGGUUCAUGUGAGUCACGGCCCGCCGCUUCACCAGUACCCGCACCCGCACCCCACAGCUCCCGGGGUCCCGUCGCCCGUUAACGACGCACUAAAACGGGACAAAGACGCCAUUUACGGGCACCCCCUCUUCCCUCUGCUUGCACUAGUUUUCGAAAAAUGUGAAUUAGCGACUUGUACGCCGAGAGAGAGCGGGGUGACCGGCGACGUCUGCUCGUCCGAGUCAUUUGACGAAGAUAUUACAGUAUUUUCAAAACAGAUAAGGGCGGAAAAGCCUUUCUUCUCGUCGAAUCCAGACUUGGAUAAUUUGAUGAUUCAAGCCAUACAAGUGUUACGAUUUCAUCUGCUCGAAUUAGAGAAGGUGCAUGAGCUGUGUGACAAUUUCUGUCACCGCUACAUCAGCUGUCUGAAGGGAAAGAUGCCCAUUGAUCUGGUGGUGGAUGAUAAAGAGGGGGGAUCCAGAUCUGACGGGGAGGAAUUUACACGCACCCCGGGAGGGACAGACCAGGUGUUCUGGAGGGAGGACGACGCGGCAUCUGUUCAUUCUUCUGAAGCUCCAGCGGCCAGCAGCAGACGGCCCGGCUCACACAAUGGAGACAACAGCAGCGAGCACGGCGACUUCCUGGAUCAGAAUGCCGCCUCUCCGAGCACAGGAGAAGAGGAAGACCCCGAUAAAGAGAGGAAGAACAACAAGAAAAGAGGCAUUUUCCCCAAAGUGGCAACCAACAUCAUGAGGGCAUGGCUGUUCCAGCACCUCACGCACCCGUACCCCUCUGAGGAGCAGAAGAGGCAGCUGUCCCAGGACACUGGACUGACCAUCCUGCAGGUCAACAACUGGUUUAUCAAUGCCAGGAGAAGGAUCGUCCAACCGAUGAUCGACCAGUCCAACCGCGCAGUAGGUCACGGUGGGCCAUACACUCCUGAUGGUCAGCCAAUGGGAGGUUUCGUAAUGGACGGACAGUCACACAUGGGCAUCAGACCACCAGCGGCUCUGGGUGGUCUUGGGGGAGUGAAUAUGGGGCUGGAGAGUCAGUGGCACUACAUGUAAACAAACCCCUGCCAUCCCGCUGAACACAGCAGACAAGAGGCUUUUUGGCGAGAGGACUGAUCCUUUGCUCACAUACCCGGAGUUUUCGGAUGGAUUCAGAAAUUGGAUUUUGACUUGGACCUCAAUAAACAGCCUUUAUACAACGGUACAGAUACCCUAAAGAAACCCCUACAGCUUUAUUCUCGGAACGAGGCGCCGUCCUCGCGACACAGACGGACUCAAGAUGGCCGCCGAUACUCGUGUUCCCUGUGAUUGCCAGAUCAACUGUAUCAGUAAAGAGAGAAAACAAUACUGAAAAAAGAAAUGCCUCAACACCUGGAUCUACUCGCUCUGGGCCGGGAGAUUCUUUCACGUGACCUCUCACCUGGAACCAGGUGAAUCUUCAAGUGGCCUGAAAGGUUAAAACAAAGUCUCGUGUUUCAACUCAAGUGCCACCUGAAAUGAAGAGUCAUUAUUCUGCAGACAAAAGUCCGGGAGCAAAAGACAUCUACGUCACGCCACCAGAUGGCUACGUCACACUUUGCGGGCGUCUAUUACGGAAGUUUGCGAUCUAAUCUGUGCAAAGCGAUACAAUACAAAGCUCAUAAGUGUAUAUAAUGCUGCUGGAUGUGUCAAACGUGACACAGAAAAGGUUCAUAAAUGCCGAUGAAUGCAACUGAAGGUUUCUCAUACACCAUUUACUGCAGUAUAAAUGCGCUCAGAUGCAUCUGGACAGUCGAUGAGAUUUUGAAAGGUACUAAUGAUUGUUCUGGAUUUGACUGACGUGAGCUGAGCUGUAUAUUCACACUAUGUGUGUGUGUUUGUGUGUGUGUGUGUUUGGUUGGUUUUCAGUGAGUGUGGGUUUAUUCACAUAAAAAUUCAUACCUCAA